UUCAUUUCUUCACUCCUGUCAAACCCUUUACGAUCCAGCCCUCCACUCGCCAUGAGGGCCACGUUCCUGCUAGCAUGCUGCGUUUGGGCUAUGAUCGCUCAGGCUCAGAGUAAUAAUGCGGGUAACAGCAGUCACAGCAAUCCUGGAGAAGUAACUGCCAGUGAGGGAACUGGAAGGACCGAGCCAAUCCGCUUCAGCAACAAAGCCAAAGAUGAAUGUGUGAUGGUCGUAUCGAGCCACCGGAACUCCACAAAGCUGCGUGUUACGUGUAAAACCAAGGGCAAGUCAUAUUGGUGCGAUUACCUGGGCAAGCCGAACAUGUGCCGGGCCUACAGCAAGAACCCACGUCAUUAUUUUACACAGAUUAUGUGGGAGAUGCGCAAAUUACCAAAUUCCUGCCAGGGUCUCCAAUCAUAUAAACCGCAAAUGUGCCGCUCUGCAACAGAUGAAGCUCAGAUGGUAUUCCACGCAUCCUGGCCCAAAAUUCCGAAAAAGUCAAAGCCACAACCUCCUGUGAAAGAAGGCUCCAAACCGGUUACGAAUCCAGCUCUCAAACCCAUUCAGCCUCAGAAACCUGCUAAAACCACCACACAGAAACCCACAGAGACACCCAAGAACUGGGCAGACCAAGUGGCAGAGGAGCACUGUUGGGAGAGCAUUCAGGGCAUCUGUUCCUUCUUCAUCAACUGGUUCCAGUCGUAAAGUGCUUUCAUACACAGAUCCAAGCACUUUGGGAGAUUUUGGAUCAAAUCUGGAUGCAGCGUGCAAUGAAAUGAUAAGCAAAAGAAGACCAUAAAGCAGAACUUGCACUGCUAAGAUAAAUGAGAUCAACACCUAUUAAAUGAGUAAAUUGUUACUAAUCCUCUAAACAUUUGUUACUUUUUUAUAUUGGAAAAAAAAAUCUGCUGUAAAUUUUCAAUAAAUCCAA